AUGAAAGUAGCAUCAAAAUCGGCGAUGGACUUUUUAGAAAAUAAUUAUUUUGAUUUAAUCGCGUUACCUUCAAUAUUUCCGUGCACUGAAGCAAGUGACUUCAAUCAGGAGGAGAAUGCAAUUCAAGGAUUAAAUGCUGAUAACUGUUGGCAUGAAACAAGCGAUUCACCUUGUUACACGGAGCUAACAACUUACACUCCAUCGUACGAGUCACAAUCGACAUCAUCGGAACUUGAACAGUUCUUAAUAUUUGAUUACGAAGAUUCAAUUUCCACAACAUCAUUCGACAAUCUUCCUGAUCAAACAUUGAUGUGCACAGAUUCUUGUGUGAAGUUCUUUAAAGAAAGUUCGGAAAUUCUUCGCGAGAACUCAUUAAAAUUUCAGAAAAUAAAAGACACUGUGCCAGAGAAUGAUGAAAAACAGCUUGAAAGUGAUGAAAAGAUUUUCUUCAAUUGUAGUUUUGGUGAUUGUAAAAAGACUUAUUCAAAGCCAGCACAUCUUCGAGCUCAUUUAAGGAGGCAUUUAGGGCUCAAACCUUACUUUUGUAAUUUUCCAAAUUGUUCAUGGAAAUUUUCACGUUCCGAUGAACUUGGAAUCAAACCAUACAAGUGCUUUUACUGUUCAAAGACCUUCUCUAGAAGUGAUCACCUGAAAAAACACAUUAAGAUUCAUGAGAAAAAAUUGAAAGACAGCAAGCUGAAGUUUGUCUGGGACGAUAUUCCAAAGCAGAAACCAGGUCGAAAGAAAAAGGUUGUGACAUCGUGAGAAAUAUGAAAAUAUUCUAAGUAUUCACUUGCCAAAACGAAACCUCACUACACUAUAAUCGAAUUAAAAUUUAAAUCUUAUAAGAUUCAUGUAUUACAUGCAUAUGAAGCAUCUUUCAAACAAUUUAAAAUAUGUGAGAAUUUAUACAUAAGAUGGAACACCCACUUGUUGAUUAUCCUCAAGAAUAUGUCUAAGGUGAAUGGGAAAUGUUUAAAAGAAUCUCGAGAGAUUAAAAUUUUGCCAUAAAAAUUGUUUGAUGCUUCUUGCAUUAUGAUGGGAAUGAAAAGUAUGAAAUAUGCUUGCAAAGAAAACAUUGAAAGACAUCAACAGUAUACACAAUGCUUUUAUUCACCAAGAAUUAUAAUCUGGGAUAGUCAACAAGUGUCAUUUCCCUACAAAGUGAAAUCCUUAUUUUCUAUAACAACAGAAACAGUUUUUUGUUGCUUUUCUUCUGCGGGAGGAAAUAAUCAUGUAAUGAAAAAACAUGAA